CUACACAACAAAGUUUGUUGUCAAUAGCAUCGUUAGAACUCUGCCGGUCGUGUUAGCUGUUUUGUUAGCUUACAAGUGAACAGAAAUUGACUCUAUAAAGUAAUUUAAUACAUUAACAAUGGACUCAAAUUCGUUAUUCGCAUUAGAACUCGUUGCUGGUAGCGGACACACAUUAAACAUCGAACAGAGAUCCGCUCUGCAAACGUCCUUGGUGAUAAUGAAGAAAAACUACAAAUUCAAUCGAGUCUUGUUUUGGGGGAAAAUAUUGGGAUUAAAGGAGGAUUAUUUUAUCGCUCAGGGGAGAGGAGAAGAUGAGCUGAAGGACAAAAAGAAUCUAUACAGCUUCAACUGCAUGGACUGGUUCCUGCUGCCCCCUGCCACAGACUCCAUGACCGAGGAGGUGAAUAGAGCUGCAAGAGGGCGCUUCACGGGAGAUCCGUCAUUUGAGCAUGUUGGGAUCAAAAAUCAAGGAGACAGAGACGAGGAGGUAGUGACCAAAGUCAAAGAGGAGAGCAAGCUGGCAGUGACCAUUCACCAGAUCGAUGAAGAAGUGUCUGUGGUUCCUCGUGGCGCCUUCGUCAAGAGCCCACAUGGCCUCGUCCAAGUCAACCGCAGUUUUGGAGGUUUGUCCCACUCAGAGGCAAGGAAGCUCGACAACUUCCUACACUUCAGGGAAGCAAAGAACCUGAAGAAGAAAUCCAUCAUGGAGUUUGGUGAUUUGACCCCAGCUCUUGACUUCAUGGAUGCACUGAGUGAUGACAUUCCUAAAGGAUCAUGGAGUCUUCAGCUUGAAUGCGCCAGUAAAGUGUGCGUGUUGCGAAGCCUGCUGUGGCUCGGCCUGACCUUCUACCACGUGCCGAUGACGCCACAGCAUGGGCACAUCUAUAUAGGAGAUGGAACCAAGAAUCUGGACCUUCCCUUUAUGCUGUAAAAGUGAUGUUUUCAACCUUUUCAAGCAACAGUUUGAAAUGUAUUUAAAGCAGCAUUGUACAUUACUUUUGUUCAUCUUAUCUUGAACCAAUAAACUCAAGCGGUUCAGCUUGUAUUUUUUAUGUC